AUGCAGCCGCUAGGUUCCCUAGUUAGAGGUAGCCACGACCCCUUGCUGAAUUGCAUGAUCUGCAAAGAUUCAAUAGCAAAACACAAGAUCAAAUCCUAUACGAGCGGCUUCCGGGCAUGGAAUUAUCGAGUGAAGCUGCAAAGCUUUGUAUGUGUCCAUACAUCUGAGUUGAUGAACAAGCCCUUCUCCCCCCCUGAACUAUGGAAAGGUCUCUAUCGAGCGAUCAUCUACAAUGCUGGCACAUAUUGUCUCAGCGGGGUUAGCAUACUACACGAAGGCAAAGACCAUACAGGGAUCAUGGUUUUGCCACGAGAUAGCGAUGCGGUGUUUGUUGGGAAGCCGGAGAAAGCGCCAAACGAUUUCAUUGAAGCGUAUAUGGAGACCAUAUAUGAUGUGACUCGUAGGGAGCCUCGCGGCUACGCCAUGCAUGAGCGGUGUUGGGCGCUGGCGAUUCAGGUUAUGGGCGCAGACGUGAUAAAAGCGAACUUGGGUUUUUUCAUGAAUGGAAUGAUGAAUUCGUGGAGAUAUAUUGAUCUUGGUCCUGUGCCGCCAAUAAUUGGACCGCGCUUAAUAGUCCAUUACAGGGAAAAGGAAUAUAAAGGGUCGGCGUUCGAACUCGAGGAUCCGGCAGAUUGUCAAACCUGGGUCAAGCAGCAGCAAGAGAGGGAAGCCGUGGGCCUACUGGCCGGAUGGAAGAAAAAAGCGAUGGUGCUCAGCCGUGGGGUUCGACGUUCGACUCACAUAAUGUGCCUUCGCUCUAAUCCUAAAAAGACCUUGGCUGAUCUGGUCCCGCCGGAGGAUAUUGUCAUGAUGAUCUUGGACUUGCUUUCCGCUGGUGACAUUGAAUCUUUUCUAACAGCAUGUCCGCGGUGGGAACAAGUCAUUUCGGCGCGAUACUGGCGCCGACGUGCGAUCAAGGUCCUGAAAUUGGAGUUCGAGGAGGUGCCGGACGAGAAGGAUCUGAAUUGGAAGGACGUUUACUACCGGACUGGGUCUGGACUUCCUAUUGACAGCCUGCGAAACCGGCAUCGUAUCAUCACCCAUCUUGAAGAUGUGAAGGGUCUAUUACAGAAGUCUCUAGGCAGCGCCAAAGCCAGCAGAGCUUGA